AUGGAAUGGGAAAAUCGAACUAUUCUGACAGAAUUUUUUCUGAAGGGGCUUUCCGGUUACCCAAGGCUUGAGCUACUCUUUUUUGUCCUGAUCUUGAUAAUGUAUGUGGUCAUCCUGCUGGGCAAUGGCACCCUUAUUUUAAUCAGCAUCUUGGACUCUCUCCUCCACACCCCUAUGUACUUCUUCCUGGGGAACCUCUCCUUCCUGGACAUCUGCUACACCACCACCUUCACUCCCUCCAUGUUGGUGAACUUUCUCUCAAAAAGAAAGACCAUUUCCUUCUCUGGCUGUGCCGUUCAGAUGUUCCUUGGCUUGGCUAUGGGGACCACAGAGUGUGUGCUCCUGGGCAUGAUGGCCUUUGACCGCUAUGUGGCCAUCUGCAACCCUCUGAGAUAUCCUAUCAUCAUGAGCAAGGAUUCCUAUGUGCCCAUGGCAGCUGCAUCCUGGGUCAUAGGGGCUGUCAACUCUGCUGUACAAACUGUGUUUGUGGUACAAUUGCCAUUCUGCAGGAAUAAUGUCAUCAAUCAUUUCUCCUGUGAAAUCCUCGCUGUCAUGAAGUUGGCUUGUGCUGACAUCUCAGGCAAUGAGCUCGUUAUGCUGGUGGCCACAACAUUAUUCAACAUUGUGCCCCUUCUCUUGAUUGCCAUCUCUUAUACAUUAAUCAUUUCCAGCAUCCUCAAGAUCCGCUCCUCUGAGGGGAGAAGCAAAGCCUUCUCCACCUGCUCAGCCCACCUGACUGUGGUGAUUAUAUUCUAUGGGACAAUUCUCUUCAUGUACAUGAAGCCCAAAUCUAAAGAGUCACCUAAUCCAGAUGACUUAGAUGCUACUGACAAGUUUAUAUCCAUGUUCUAUGGGGUGAUGACUCCCAUGAUGAAUCCUUUAAUCUAUAGUCUCAGAAACAAGGAUGUGAAAGAAGCAGUAAUACACCUACUGACAAGAAAAGUUUUAAAAAAUUAA